AUGGACCGUGUCGAGAGGGGAGUCAAGCUGGUGAUUGAUGAAGGUUUAGUGCUGGCAAGGAAGGGGACGGCGCUGGCUCUCACAAUAGCCGUGACCCCAUGCGCGGAACAGGAGCCUUCACCCGUCACUCGAGGGCUGGAGAUGAAUAUGGAGGCUGAUCCUGAUCACGUAACUGAACUGGAAAGCGACGUGGGAUAUAACCAGGCCAUGCUGCAUUUCCAUCGGGGGAUGCAGUUUUUGUGUGCGGUGCGAAGACCGAGGGCUCGGACAAAGUCAAGACCGAGUCUUAGGUCUGAGAAGGCCAACGUCGGGCUACCUACUGCCGAGGCCAGGUGGCCAAGGAAGCCGGCUCAAGACCUAAAUUGCACCAAGCUAUGGCGAUCAACAGAAGCAGUCGAAGCCAAGCCGCCUUCCGACUCUCAAGACCCACAAGGCCCACAAUGGCGUUUCUGA